AUGGACUCAAAUGAACUGGUGAGCUCUUCAUCUUUUGGCAUUAAAAAGGAAGAGGAAGUGGAGAAUAAAGGAGGCUGGAGAUGUGUUCUUGCCUUGCCGGCUAUAAGGAGAUCCGAGAUGGAAGAAAAUGACAUGAUUAUUAAAGGAAGAGAAAAGAUUGGAAUUGUUGUAACUAAAGUGAUUGAUGGUCGGAGACACAUGGGCAGUGUUGUAGCCUUUGAUGCUGCCGCUAAAUGCUUCAAGGUGGAGUAUGAUGAUGGCAACUAUGAGAAUGUUGAUCAAAAUGAAUUUGAUGCAAUUGUCGCCCCUCCUUUUCUUGUUAAGGCUUAUUUCAAUGAUUUGUAUGCUAGGGAUAAUAAGAAGGGGGAAGAGACAGGAACAAUAAUCACCCAAGGAAACUACUUUUCAAGUGAAGCAAAUGAGGAAAGGAGGAAGAGAGCAAGGAGAGGGAGCAAUUAAUAUAGUAUUACAUGAUACUGCCGCCGCCGCCGCCGCC